UUGCGCAAAGAGUUGCCCGAAGGUCAUCAUUACGCCACAAAAAAAAAAAUAGUGUCCCCACAAAAGCAUGGACAUUUCGGCUGUAAAUGCUCUUUCUUAUGAGGAUUUUGUGAAUAUUUUCGGCAACGUGGUGGAGAAAUGUCCUCUGAUAACAGCCGCUGUGUGGACCAGCCGUCCCUUUAUAGGCUUAAACGCUUUAGAAGCUGCAAUCAAUGAGUUCAUCGAUGCUCUCCCAGAGUCGGGUAAAGAGGGGAUCCUCAGGUGUCACCCGGACCUCGCGGGCAGGGAUCUCCACGGCGGCGCGUUGACCCGGGAGUCCCGGGAGGAGCAGAGGCGAGCCGGCCUGGACGCGCUGAGCUCGGCGGAGGCCUCGAGGAUGGCGCGGCUAAACGAGGAGUACAAGGAGCGCUUCGGCUUCCCGUUCGUCAUCUGCGCGCGGAUGAACGACAAGGCGAGCAUCUUGUGCGAGCUCUCCGAACGCUGCCAGAACGAGCGCGCGGCGGAGAGGGCGCGCGGCAUCGCGGAGGUGAAGAAGAUCUGCCGCCUGCGUCUCCAGGGUCUCGUGCUGCCCGACGCUCCAAACAAGCUAUGAAACGGAGACGCUCUGCUGUUAGUUGGCUGCUCCAGUUUAACCACAUUUAACGGAGAGCUGUUCAAUACAUGUAUGUGUUUAUUGUCAAGUUAUAUCAACUGUUUACCUUAGUAAUUAAUAAAGCAUGUACACGAUUUAAA